GGCCGGCGGGCGGGUGGCGGGGACGGGCCCCAGGCUGUUGCUAUUAAUUGUUAUUCUGAUGACUGUCAUCUUCCUUUGGAUUAUUCGGCUGAGAGGCUCCAGGCUGUAAUUGUCUCUGAACUAGGGUAGAACUACGCACUAGAGCGAAGAACAUUGCGAGUGACUCCAGUCUGCUUUGACACUGAACUUCACGGGCCACCAAGGAUGCAAUUUUUACUCUUAGAUUCCCCGCACUGCCUGUUACAACAGUUUUCUUUCCUCUCCACGAUUAUGAUGUGUGAACAGGAGAUCAUACCUAUUUUUACCCCGACCAAACAACUGGUCAAGGUAUCCACGGUGCGUUUGGCAGGUGGCCCUAAACCGUCACCGUGUUUUGUUUUUGUUUGUUUUUUUUAACUAGAAGGAAAGGCUCUUUUCGGUGGUGGAAAACUUAGCUCUGGGAGCAGAAGAGGAAGAAUCUUAACUUUGAGACCGGGCUGCUAUUGGGGUCGGGGUCCUUCGAGCAGCACCCAGGCGCUUUGCGCCCACCUGCGAACUUUCCGUGUUCCUCUUGGGCAUUUGGCUUUUCAAGUUUGGAGGAUUUGGCUGCGGAGCCUUACAGCCCUUGGUUUCCUUAUUCCUUGCAAAGCGCAGUACAGAAUUCUUUUGAGCAUAGCUAUCCUUCAAGAUUGUCUACCUUCAGUCCCAAGGAGCCCCAGCCUGGCUACAGAGUGUCGCAUUUAGGAAUCGCUAGUAUUCCUCGUGAAGGAGCUACUGAAGACCAGCUACAGGGUCCAGGGCGAGGGAGGGAAGGUUAGGAGGGUUGGGGAGGCCACGCCAGACCACCUUCAUGUGCUUAAUGUAACUGUGGGCCCCCUUGAAUUUUUAACUUCGCUUCCCUUAAUUAAUCUGCCCAGGGCCUUUAUAUAAAUGGCUGUCCACAGCUGCUGCAAAUUGAUUUAUCCCUUGAUAAAGAUUGGGUUGCUGACGAAAGCGUUUUCUUUCUACCUUCUGUGUGAACUGAAAUCUGUUUUACAGGGUUUUUCUCCCUCCUAGUCUCCUUUUAAACAUCUGUACCAUUUAUAAGUGCACUCAGUGGCUUUUAUUAUCAUACCCCUGCCUUUGCAUAGAACAGGAGUGAAACUGGGUCUGUGCCCAGUGAGUCCACACUCACUAGAAUACAAAUUGACCAGCUUCUCUGUGAUAAACGGUUUGUUAGUGUUGGGGGCCUUCUUUUAGUUUAUUGCAGCUCUUUGCCUUGACCCAUGUGAAUGUUCUGUUGUGCCCAGUUUCUCCUGUCACACAGUUCUUUAGAAAAGAUCGGUAAACACAAUAGUUUCUUAAACCUUCAUUGCCUAAACCUGGGUGAUUGUCAGAUAUGAUGUGUACAAAGAACAGCAAAUUCAAAAUUCUAUGGAUCUUUUCUCCCGUGUUUAUCAUUAAUGUCUAUUCUAGUUUUAACAUCGUGAGGGCUUUCAGAUAGCAUAGGUAGUGCAUCAAAGAUCUUUUUUUUAAUUUUCUUUCAUUUUAUUGAUUAUUUAUUGGUUAUUUUAAAAGGGAUGUCUGAGAGUCUCACCCAGUAUUAAUCAGGGAAUCUUAGUUUGACCUAAGCUUUUCUUUUGUGACCAGGAUGGAUGUUGAGGAAGUUGAAGUCUAUAUCAUAGCUUUACUUGUAUUUUAUUUAUUAUUUGAUAUUUCUUUGGUUUAUUCUUUCAAAGGUAAAAAAUUCCAACCAAUAAUCAAGGAAUCAGGCUCAUUCUGGGUGCAUAAAAACUGACUGUAUCUUAAGAUUAUACUAAGAGAAGAACUUUAUGUUAAAAGUCUUUGUUUAAGCAUUAAUAAUUUUUUUUGUAAACCAUUCAGACAGCGGUCACUUUAUUUAAAAAGCUAAAUAUUGAGUGGGAGAGUUUGAGUAUGUAGUUUCUCUUGUGUCCGGUUCAUACCUAAUAAAAGCAGUAGAGAAAACAGUCUAUUUUUUUCUUUAAUGUUUGGACAACUCAAAGCAGACCAUAAGUCUUUGAAAUGAUAUUUUCCUUUGUAACCUUAGUCUCUGUGACUCACUAAUUAAUACCUGCUAAUAAUUUGAUUUUAAAAUGAUCCUUAAAGGACCUUCCUAAUAUGAGGCAUUCUACUUGUAGUACAAUGCAAACUGCACUGUUGAAUUGUAAGUUGCUGGAAAUGGGACAGUAUGUGUUGUAGCAACAGUGCUGCAGCUUUUUAAUAUUUUUACAGUUUUCCUUUUCUGAAGAAAAGUAAAAUACUGCUUUUGAUGCUAGUAUUUAAUGAUGAGCUCUCCCUUUGAGGGUAUUAGUAUAAAUAUUUGCAGAUAAAAGAGCACUCCAUAAAUUGCAAAGAAGUACACAAAUGUAUCCAUAAAUUGCAAAGAAGUACACAAAUGUAAGGUGCCAUUAUCAUUUAUUGUAUUGUAAAAUAGAAGCUUAGCCAAAAAAAAAAAAAACCAAAACCAAACCCCAAAACACCCAUUUUUUUCCCCCAAACAUUGAAAAGGGAUCACGAGAAAGAAAUGCUUCCAAUAGGAAUGCUGGUCAGUGGCUGUCAGGUUAGGACAUUCUUCACUGUCAAAUCCUGUUUCUCACUUCUUUGAUAUGAACAUCAGCUGACAGGCACUGAAUGCAAACCCUUCUUCAUUGAGGUUUUAUGCAGGCAACAUAGCCCUUCAUAGCAAAGCAGUCUGAAAAAUUGGCACCUGCAGGAUUUGCAUGUGAAAAAAAACCGAGUCAGUUACAUUUUACUGGAGUCUAUUACUGUAAGUUAUGUAAGUUCAGUGAGAAAAGCUAUUUAUUUGUAGGCUGUUGGGGCAUUUAAAAGUUCUUUGUUUUAUGGACACCUUAUUCAUCAUCUAGUGAUCCACAGACUUUAUUGAUAGCGGAAGCAGGGAAAAGUGAUCUCUGGCUUUAUAGAAGUUAUUUAUUAUGAAGUGGUGUUAUUUUUAUCUAUGUGCUUACAGAGUGCACUUGCAUGCAUGGUUAAUUUUUAAAAUGUGCCUUAAAAUGAUGAACUCAUACAACUUUUUAAGUUAAACAGAGACAUAAGAUUGGGUUAAUGUAAAUAUCCUUUGAAAACAAUCAAGGAUUUUUAAGAGCUAUGUAUAUACAUCAAUAAGUUAAAAUCUAGAAGGAAGAAAUGAACUUUCAUAUUUCUAAAUUUCUUUACUUGUUAAAUUGUUUGUCACCCUUAGACCUUUUAAAAAUGUCAUAUUUGACCCUAUUUAUACAAAAAAGUAGCAAAUGUUACUAAGCACCUUCAUGAACCUCUGAGUAUUAUCCAUCAGUGAGACCAUUUCAUCCAGAAUAAGUUAUUUAUUAUUAUCUAAAAAGACACCUUUCAGCUUCACUUUUUUACAGCCAUUAAUAUAAGAGUUCCUAAAUAAUGUUUAAAGAACAGUGAACAUUUUAUUAAAGCAAACAUUAGUUCAGUUUAAUGGAGGUAAUUGUAAGUGAUAAGACAGAGCAGGUUAUCUCUGUGUUGUUUAAACAGAAGGAGCUACUUUGCACCAUUUCCAGUAGCCAUCUGUAGAAGAGAAGAGUUUGCACCUGUCUGUCCACACUAAUUAUAGAUUAGGGCCAAAGAAAUGAAAUUUGAGAAGGUUUUCAGCUAAUGAAAUCCAUACUGAUUUUAUUGUAAAUGUGUUUUAUGUAAAGAGGGUGAUGGUUGAGUUAUGAGUGAAUAAAUCACUAUGUAGCUGCUAGGCACUUGGUUUUGAAGCACAGUUUUGCUGCAUUAACCUUUGAUAUUAAAAAAAAAAAGGCAAACAACUUAGACAUGGAUGCUAGCCUUUGUUUGGCAUCCAUAGCUACAAUUUAGUGAGCAGCAGUGAGGUUCAGUGUGCAGUUUUAAAAUGUGCUGUAAAGCAGCUUAAAUGUUAAGAAUAUUCUAAUAUUUUGAAAUGCAGAUGAAGUAGAAGGUAGGUUUUGUUUUAACUUAUGCAUAUAAAACAUUAGAAAAUUAGAAAGCUUUUUUUUUACGUUUAAGUUUCACAUACAUGAGAAAUUAAAGCAAAAUGAGUGAGGAAUGCAUUCUGCAAUAAAAGGUCACAUGAAUGUCUACCACAUCUGUUUAUAGUAAUUAUGAACAUAAUUAACAUAAGAAUUACAAAUGAAAUAAUGACAAGCUGAGCAAUGAGAUAUUAUGCCAUAAUGGUCAUAUGUUGGAAUUCUCACAUUAUAGCACACUAGAAUUCACAUACUCAAAGAAAGAAAGAAAAUGCUAGAUUUGUAUCUGAAUUAAUGCUUCAAAACUUAUCUGCCUGAAGCAGAUGGACUUCUUGCUUUUAUAGGAGGGUAACCUAUUAUUAAGAAAAGAACUAGUUGAAAUUAAGAUUUCUAGUCUCCAGCCUGGACUUUAAGACAGCUGUGAUUAUAGAAACCACUUUCUGUUGUACACAUAUUCUGUGAUUAUACUUCUUGAUUAUUAUAUUGCCUUUUUUUUUUUUUAAUUGAAAGCUUUGCAGCAAAAUGUUUGCUUUGGAAGAGAGUCAUGGAUUCUUCCCAUUUGAGAAUUGGUUGAUCUUUUCUAUAACUGUGAGCCAAAAGUCAAUGAACAAACAAGGUGGUAAUAGGAAUACUGUGCUUUUACAAAAUAAGAACAUUGGCAGAUUAGCUUUUGUGUGGUUUUCUUCAUGCCUCAGUGUUUGGAUGCUUUUUAAAGAAAAAAAAUGUAAGCCUUUUCUGGGUUUGAAAGUAGUAGGGCUUUGUUUUUUAAAUAGCAUUUUUUCAAAGAGCAUGUAAUGGAAAAAUCAGUUGGCAUUUGUAAGUUGUAUUUUCUACUUCCUAGAGUUGCACUGGAUUUAUAAGCAUUUGUGUGUAGUCUGUGUCCAAAUUGAUCUAAGAUGUAAUAGAGGGGGAGGUAUGUGUAGGUUACUCUGAAUGCUGUUUUCUGUAACAGCAGAGAAAAGGUGAGAGGUGACCCUUUAUGAAAGCUAAAAUGAUACUCCAGAAAUCUGUUAUUAAAUUUAAAACAUGUAAGAAUGACAGAUUUUCACCCACUUAGAGAUCACUAGAUUUUGUAGUGUACCCUGCCAAAUGGUUUACUUCCUAUCCUUGUACCCUUCUCUCACUAUUGAACUGGCCACUUUUUGAACAUUUAUGGAGAAGUAUUACCUUGUUCCCGUCUCAGUGAUACCACGAGGUUUUCCACAUUAUUGGAUUAUUGGGGGAUUGUGGCAGACCCCUUUUUAUCUGACAUUCAUUGCAUGACAAGAUUUUGCACACAUGCCCUCCCCUCCACCUAUGCCCAGCUUUUUUCACUUUGCCUUACCUAUCAAAUUUGUCUCUUAAUUCUUUUCUUGGGGUGGAAACAUGGAGCCUGGGAGGAUCCACCACACCUAAAACUUUUUUGGCCAAGUGAUUUGAAGAAGAGUGCUUGAUUAAACAAUGCUUCUCUUCAUUUUCUAAUGGUUUUCUUCAAAUUUGUCUCCUCUAAAAGACUGCCUUUAGUUCCCUUGCUCUUCUGUUUUUUUCUCUACUCACUAGCCUUAUUCCUCCCUCCCCCCAACUAUUUUGUCUGUAUUGAGACUUCAUGCAUAAACCACUUUACAACCUGAAGUUUGACUGCAGUUGGGGCUACAGUGUAUGCCAUGAACAAUUAUGUAGUUUAUUGGCUACUUCAUUCUGAACUCACUUUUCAUACUGCAGCAAGAGCUUAACUAAGCUUCAGUGCCUUGAAAUACAACUUGUCCAAAUACUCUCCCUCCCCCCAAUAAAAUAACCUUCUUUGCUGCAUUAUCUGCACUCCAUUAAGGAUCUGAUCAGAUGUUCACAUUGUCUGAUGGGUGCAUUUAAAAGUGGAAAGGGGCUCCCACGAGACCACUCAGGUGUAUCUCCCUCCAGACCCUGAUGGGGUGGAAGAUGAACUCUGGGCUGAUGGACGAGCAAGCUGUAGCUCCCUGCUUGUUCUCUGAUUGAUUCCCUGGGCUCUGGGUGGGUGAAGAGCUGUGAGGCAGCUCCAGCUGAGAUUGAUUGCCUCAAUUUCAAAUUCCCACCUCCAAAAUAGACUCUCAGAUGUACACAUAAGGAACCCCCUCCCCCAACACAAUUUCUGGAGGUGGAGCAGGUGUCUAAGAGUCACCUGUAGCUACCAAUCACAAGUGCUCCUUUUUAUCACAGUGAUGCUGGCUGCACAAGUCUUCUGCUGGGACAGGUUAAAGCCCAGGGAAAGGAGAUAUUUUGUGUCAGCCUGCAUCCUUCUUUGUGUUUGUGGGCAGGGGGUUGGAAUUUAGGAGUGGUGGGAUCUGCAAAGAAAGGGAUGAGAACUCCCACUUGAGGUUAGCCUGGGAGGCUGUGACGACUCACUCGAUUUGUUUUGCAAAUUGUGGCUAUUUGGAUGGAGGUGAGGUGGUGAAUGUCUCAUUGUUUAGCUCUGCCAAAAGAGAGUUCUUGAUCCCCCUCUGACCUUGACAGAACCUCCAAAAUGUUCCCUGUCUAGCCCUGGAGCAGGGAAAUAGAGUUUACUGGUCUGGAUUCGUCCCCUUCUCUCCAGGUAGGGGCACGCAGGCCACCCUCCCCCAGCGCCAGCUCUCACCCUCAGGCAGCCUUGGGGUACCUCGCCCCCCCUGGCCACCCUCUUUCUGGAGCCUGAACCCUCACCCCCUCCUUGGCUUUCCGUUUUUUCCCUCCAGCCUGUGUCUCUCCCUCUCUCUCUCUCUCUCCCACUUUUCCUCCCUCUCCCGCUCCGUCUCACACGCACCCUCUGUUUAUUUUCCUGCCUCCAUCUGGGCCCUGCUGAUAUUGUAAUCACCCUGAUGCACGUUGGCUUCUCUCCUCUCCCUCCUGCGCUCACACACUCACUCACACACAAUGUGCCAUCCUGACAAGCCUUUUACUUCUGAUAAGCUCCGAUGUGUGUUUAAUGAAUACAAAGCCACGGUCUGGGUGCCGCCUCGGCUGCGGCCGCUCUCCUGCGCUCCUUUGCCAGAAGCUGGCGGAGAGAAUUUACAUUUAAAGAUUAGCAGAGGGAGAAAGCGAAAUCUGCCUUUUGUUGUGUGGGGUGAGGAGGAGGCAUGUCCUGGCCUGGCCGUUAUCUCCCAUCACCUCUGCUAUCCAGACAGGACUCACGGAGAUCGGACUGAGAAGCACUCCACAAUGCCAGACUCACCUGUGGAUGUGAAGACCCCGUCCAGGCUGACCCCUCCCACGAUGCCACCUCCCCCGACAACUCAAGGAGCUCCCAGAACCAGUUCAUUUACACCAACAACGUUAACCAAUGGCACGAGCCAUUCGCCUACAGCCUUGAAUGGCGCCCCCUCGCCGCCCAAUGGCUUUAGCAAUGGGCCCUCCUCUUCUUCUUCCUCUUCUCUGGCAAAUCAACAGCUGCCCCCAGCCUGUGGCGCCAGGCAGCUCAGUAAGCUGAAACGGUUCCUCACUACCUUGCAGCAGUUUGGCAAUGACAUUUCACCAGAGAUAGGAGAGCGAGUGCGCACCCUCGUACUAGGACUGGUGAACUCUACUUUGACAAUUGAAGAAUUUCAUUCUAAACUGCAAGAAGCUACGAACUUCCCACUGCGACCUUUUGUCAUCCCAUUUUUGAAGGCCAACUUGCCCCUGCUGCAGCGCGAGCUCCUCCACUGCGCAAGGCUGGCCAAACAGAACCCUGCCCAGUACCUCGCCCAGCAUGAACAGCUGCUUCUGGAUGCCAGCACCACCUCACCUGUUGACUCCUCAGAGCUGCUUCUCGAUGUGAACGAAAACGGGAAGAGGCGAACUCCAGACAGAACCAAAGAAAAUGGCUUUGACAGAGAGCCUUUGCACUCAGAACAUCCAAGCAAGCGACCAUGCACUAUUAGCCCAGGCCAGCGGUACAGUCCAAAUAACGGCUUGUCCUACCAGCCCAAUGGCCUGCCUCACCCCACCCCUCCUCCACCUCAGCAUUACCGUUUGGAUGAUAUGGCCAUUGCCCACCACUACAGGGACUCCUAUCGACACCCCAGCCACAGGGACCUCAGGGACAGAAACAGACCUAUGGGGUUGCAUGGCACACGUCAAGAAGAAAUGAUUGAUCACAGACUAACAGACCGAGAAUGGGCAGAGGAAUGGAAACAUCUUGACCAUCUGUUAAACUGCAUAAUGGACAUGGUAGAAAAAACAAGGCGAUCUCUCACUGUACUAAGGCGAUGUCAGGAAGCAGAUCGGGAGGAACUGAAUUACUGGAUCCGGCGGUACAGUGAUGCCGAGGACUUAAAAAAGGGCGGCAGCAGUAGCAGCAGUCACUCCAGGCAGCAGAGUCCUGUCAACCCAGACCCAGUUGCAUUAGAUGCGCAUCGGGAAUUCCUUCACAGGCCUGCUUCUGGAUAUGUGCCAGAGGAGAUCUGGAAGAAAGCUGAGGAGGCGGUCAAUGAGGUGAAGCGCCAGGCGAUGACCGAGCUGCAGAAGGCCGUGUCAGAGGCCGAGCGGAAAGCACACGACAUGAUCACCUCGGAGCGUGCAAAGAUGGAGCGCACGGUGGCCGAGGCCAAGCGGCAGGCAGCAGAGGACGCCCUAGCCGUUAUCAACCAGCAGGAAGAUUCAAGCGAGAGUUGCUGGAAUUGUGGCCGUAAAGCAAGUGAAACCUGCAGCGGCUGUAACACAGCCCGAUACUGUGGCUCGUUUUGCCAGCACAAAGACUGGGAGAAGCACCACCACAUCUGUGGACAGACCCUGCAAGCCCAGCAGCAGGGGGACACGCCUGCUGUCAGCUCCUCCGUCACACCCAACAGUGGGGCCGGGAGCCCAAUGGACACACCACCAGCAGCCACCCCGAGGUCAACCACCCCGGGAACCCCUUCCACCAUAGAGACAACCCCUCGCUAGGCGUGCACCCAGAACUGUCGGAGGAAAGACACCACAACCAACACGAAACCAGUUCCUCAUCCUCAGAUGCUCAAAGUUGUUUUUUUGUUUGUUUGUUUAUAGAUGAACUAUCCUAUUUCAGUAUUUCAGCAAGAGAGAACCUGACUGUAUCUUGAGGCGGUAGUAAAACAGAGGGCCAGUAACGGGUCGUAAUGACUUAUUGUGGAUAACAAAGAUAUCUUUUCCUUAGAGAACUGAAAAGAGCAGAGAAUAUAACAUGAAAUGAUAGAUUUGACCUCCUCCCUGUUAUUUUCCAGUAGCUGGGAUUUUAAACUAGAUGACCUCAUUAACCGAUGCUUUACCAAACAGCAAACCAAGAGAUUGCUAAUUGCUGUUGAAAGCAAAAAUGCUAAUAUUAAAAGUCACAAUGUUCUUUAUAUACAAUAAUGGAAAAAAAAAAAAAAAAAAAAAAGGAAAACCCUCAAGGGCAUGAGCAUUGGCUACAGCGGUAGACGUUUUAACAAGAAGAUGAAUGGCGUCCGUGGGUUGCUAACUGAACUUUGAAGACCCGCUACAAAACGCGCAGAUGUGUAGCAUAUUGGAAGGAGACACAGAUGUUUGGUUUUUUUCCUGUUUCUGAAAAGAAAUAAUAAUAUCCAGGUCAACAGAACGAAAAAUGAAAGAUGAUUUGCAGUGGGAUGUGUGAAUACAGCAGCAAGAAAAAAAAAAUGCCAUAACACAAAAGGCUCCUUUAUAUAUAUACGUGUGUGUGUAUAUGUAUACACACACACACAAACACACACACACACACACACACACACACACACACAGAAGUAAGAGACUCAGCCUGCAGUUAUUAGCAUCCUGGCAGCUUUGACACCAGCCGGCUGCCCUAAACAACCCUCAACGUUUCUUCACUUUUGCAAGGUUCCACAGAGCAAGACAUUGGGUCUAUUCCAGCUCAUUCAUUUUAUAUUGAAAAAUAAUUUUAAAAAAAUGGUGGCUCCAGCUCCAGCCCCUUUCUAAAUUUUUUCAGCCCCACCCUGUUUGGAUUUUUAAUUAAAAACUAGUAGUUCUCUUGGUGUUAAAACACUUCUGUCCUGUGAGGUUUCCCAAUGGUGUUUUUCUUGUAAAUGUGCUGGACGACUGUGAAGAUGCGUUGUAGUUUGACCACGUGCCCACAUUUAGUCUCUUUAUUCCUAGUUGGUGAGAAACCUGUAUCUUUCUAUGCUGCUUUU